CUUAACCUUUUAAAAAAUCGCCGCCCAAAUUUUAACCUUUUAUCCAUCCAUGGCGAUGGAGGCCUCGAACGUUAAACCACCAGUUUCCGCCAUUGAAGAAGCUCAUCUCGACCUCUACACAAUUCCCAGCUACUCCAGUUGGUUUCAAUGGGGUAAUAUUCACGAAAUAGAGAGAAUUUCAUUGAGAGAAUUCUUUGAUGGAAGCUCAAUUACGAGGACUCCUAGAAUCUACAAAGAGUAUAGAGAUUUCAUUAUUUGCAAAUACCGUGAGGAACCGUCCGGAAGACUGACAUUCACGGAGCUCCGAAAGUCACUGGUGGGUGACGUUAGCACUCUCCACAAGGUCUUCACUUUUCUGGAGAAAUGGGGGAUCAUCAAUUUCAGUGGAACGGUGUCAGCCGAGCCUGCUGAGGUGCAGCAGCGGCACAAGAAGGAGGUUAGGGUUGAGGAAGGAGCUCCGUAUGGGGUUAGGGUUGUUGCAGCCCCUAAUUCGUUGAAGCCAGUUGCCCCACUUCCUCCGCCUGUGGAUGUUGGUGGUGGCGGUGGUGGAGAGCUGGCUGAGAAUGGAUCCAAGUUUCCUCCAUUGGCAUCUUAUUCGGAUAUCUAUGGGGAGCUGUUGCAGCAGCAGCAGCAGGGCAAAGAGGGGAAAGAAUUAGUAUUGUGUGGGAGCUGUAAACAGCAGUGUGAUUCUGGACAUUACGAGCAUACGAAGGACGAGUUCUUAUUACUCUGUAAGAAGUGCUUUGGAAAUGGUGAUUAUGGGAGCAAAUCUGCUCAUGAUUUUAAGUACGUUGAUGACACUAAUCAGGUGGUUUGGACAGAAGCUGAAACUUUACUCCUUUUAGAAUCUGUUUUGAAGCAUGGAGAUGACUGGGAGCUUGUGGCUCAAAAUGUUAAAACAAAGAGUAAGUUGGAUUGCAUAUCCAAGCUCCUGCAGCUGCCUUUUGGGGACCUCAUGUUGGGGUCUGCUUUGAGAAAAACUAAAGUUUGGGAUAGAAAUGCUGGACAAGCAGUGCCCGCUCAUAGUGUACAAGACACUGUCACUGGGGAUGAUCAGCAGCAUGAGCAUAAGAAUCAGGGACAGCAGAAUGCUAAUGUUGAAGAUCCAGGUCCCCCUCACAAGAGAUUGUGCACUGUGCCUAAUUUAGAUGCCAGCUCUUCUCUGAUGAAACAGGUAGGACGCCUUUCUUCAGUCGUUGGACCACCUGUAACAGCUUGUGCUGCAGAUGCUGCUGUUGCAGAGCUUUGUUAUGAAAACCGAUGUUCAAGGGAAAUUUUUGAUGAUGAUAACUUUGGAGAUGAGUUGGGAUAUUCUGCACGAACUGAUGAAGAAGAAAGAGUCCUUCCGGUUGAAAAUUCAGAGGGUGAAAAGGGUCCCACAGUGUCAGGUGCUUCUGAGCACAGGGGAAAUGAACUUCAGGAGCAAACAUUUCGAAAGAAUGUUGUACCAUUAACUUUGCGAAUGCGAGCUGCAACUGCAACUUCUCUUGGUGCUGCAGCUGCUCAUGCGAAGUUAUUGGCUGCUCAGGAAGAGAGAGAAAUUGAACAUUUACUGGCUAGUGUGAUUGAGACUCAGUUGAAAAAGUUGCAACGCAAAGCCAAAUAUUUGGAAAAUUUGGAGAUGAUAAUGGAGAAACAACAAGACCAAUUCGGGGAAUUUGAAGAGGAUAUUGUAGCAGAGAGAAUGAAAGUCCUGCAGGAGAUUAUCAGUGCUGGGAUCCCUAGAUGGAAGGAUCAUACUUCCAUGAAAUCUCUUACUGGCAAUGUACUUUGAGUUUACUUGGAGUUUGCCUUGAUUUAGACACUGGUGGUUUUCCUUCUAUACUGUGUAAAGAACCCACAUUUAGGACGUUCAACAUGAGAAAAUUGCAUUCAUUGUCCUUUGGCUUUGUGCAAACUUUGCAAAAGAUCCAAUCUGGCCAUGCUGAUCACUUCCAACUUUUCCUCAAGGCCAACAGUGGCCAAUGAAGACUACUUGACUCAGCAACAUUUUGUCAUGACCAUAGGUAAAUUCAUUUGCUUUUCUUAUUUACUGCGUGACAAAGAUUAACUGUAUACAUAGCGCACAAGGAUGUUAUGGAAGUAUGAUUGUAAGGAUAACGAAAGAUUAUAUAUUUGACAAUGCUGAA